AUGCGUUUCUCAACUUAUCUUUCUGCAUUGGCAAUCGCAGCUGGUCUAGUAUCCGCAGCUCACCAUUCGGGAAGAAGCUUGAAGCAUGUAGGCAAGGCCGACAAGCCGCGGAAUCAUGUUAAAAGAUCACAACCUCAAGGCCAGCAACAGACCCGCAGAGACACUUCUCGAUACCUCACCAAUUCCAGUUCGAAAUACGUCGUUAAUGGAACUGGGAUUCCCGAGGUGGACUUCGACAUUGGAGAAAGUUAUGCUGGUUUAAUGCCAAUUUCAAAGAAGAAGAAUGAGACCAGAGAACUAUAUUUCUGGUUCUUCCCUUCUGAAAAUGUCGAUGCCUCAGAUGAGAUCUUGAUCUGGCUCAAUGGCGGCCCAGGUUGCUCAUCCCUCGAAGGUCUUCUCCAAGAAAACGGCCCCUUCAUUUGGCAAUACGGAACGCUCAAGCCUGUGUCUAACCCAUAUACUUGGGUAAACCUUACCAACGUUGUCUGGGUUGAACAGCCAGUUGGUACUGGGUUUUCGCAAGGUACUCCUUCUGCUACCAGUGAAAAGGAUGUUGCAGAGCAGUUCCUUGGGUUCUGGAAGAAUUUCGUGGACACCUUCGAACUGAAAGGACGUAAAGUUUUCAUUACUGGGGAGAGUUAUGCCGGUUACUAUGUUCCUUAUAUCGCAGAUGCUAUGCUGAAUAAGAACGACACCAAGUAUUUCAACGUCGAAGCUACUAUGAUAUAUGACCCUUCAACCUCAUCUGACGUUAUUCAAGAGCAGAUCCCAGCCGUCCAGUUUGUCGAUUACUGGGGAGGCUUGUUCCCAUUCAACGACACAUUUAAUGCUCAAAUCCAUAACAUGUCAGCCUCCUGCGGUUACGACGAUUACAUCAGCAAAUACUUGACCUUCCCUCCUCCUGGGCCUUUGCCAGCUAAGCUUCCAGGCACUGAUGAGAAUGGAGAUACCACCGACGAAUGCGAUGUUUUCGAUGCCAUCUACAACGAGAUCUUCUACGUGAACCCCUGCUGGGAUAUCUAUCAAGUUGCUACAACUUGCCCCGAGCUAUGGGAUGUCAUGGGCUUUCCCGGGUCCUUCAGCUAUCUCCCAGCCGGAGCAGAAAUCUACUUCAACAGAACCGAUGUGCAGAAAGCCAUCAACGCGCCUCUGAUCGAGUGGGACGAGUGCACGAACACAGAAGUGUUUGUAGGUGGUCAAGACAACAGCCCCCCAUCCGGUCUGAGCGUCCUCCCUGGAGUUAUCGAACGAAGCAAGCGUACUAUUAUCGGACACGGUGCUCUCGACAUGGUGCUCAUCUCAAACGGCACCCUUCUCAUGAUCAACAACAUGACGUGGAACGGUGCUCAGGGCUUUCAAAGCAAGCCUUCUGAUCCGUUCUACGUGCCCUAUCAUUCCGAGGGCUACUCGCCGGAUUUCGGAGAGAGUGAUCCCGCGCUCUCAGUCGUCGCCGCGUCCGGCGUUUUUGGAACCACGCAUACAGAGAGAGGUUUGACUUGGGUCAGCGUUGAUCUUUCCGGUCAUAUGGUCCCACAAUACGCACCCACAGCCUCCUACAGACACCUCGAGUUCCUCCUCGGGCGAAUCGACUCCCUCUCCAGCACCGUCCCCUUCACCACCGAUAAUACGCCUCAACCAGACGGACCGCUUGGAUUUGGCACCGGUCCACCUACGAGGAGGACAAAGAUGUGA